AUGGGGGUCUUUAGGUCUAAAAACUCAGGUCAUUUGUCACCAAAAUCUAUACGUCUGCCUAGUGGAAGUAUUUUUGACUGUGGUCGAAAAGUACUAAUACAUGAGCCUGAAGACUUACGUUAUGUAUGUGCUCGAUUAAAUAUCCCUGAAGAUGAAAAAUUUUUUAUUAUCACUGAGCAUGAUGGAGAACGCUGCUUGAUUCCUAUAUUCUAUCCUCUGCAUCCCAACAUUCUAAACUACAAAACUUCAAAACAAUUUAUAACAUAUCAUUUGUGUGAACAGCUUCACCUGAAACGUAUCCAGCUGAACAGUCCUCAGGAUUGCUCGGAUGUUAAGUUGGUCAACGAUUUCAUCAUAGCCAAUAAAAAUCAGUUGAAUACCAGUGAAGAAGACUCUAAAGCUCUGAAUGAACUUUUGAAUUCUGAAGAAAUGGUUACACGCCUGUUGAGCGUACUCCUAAGUAUUCCAGAACUUACUACACACCUGGUACACGUGAAAGAUCAUAAAGGAAAAUUAUAUCAAAUUGAAAUUAGCAGAGAUGGAUUACGUAUUCAUCAAGAGUUUGUGGAAUCAUCAUCGACUCAGUUCACUUGGCAAGAUAUGGGUAACGCUAGUGCAAGUCACUCCACUGUAACACUACCAGUUUACAUGACUGCUGACAAAGCUGAAAAACUGGUCGAUUUCAUUGAUAUGAAAGGUGGUAAAAAUAAACAGUCAAUUAAGGUGAAGACGAAGAAGCAGAAGAAGAAGGAGGAGGAUUCAAAAGCGAAUGUUGUCCAGCCACACGGAGAUAAUGCAGUUAAUACCCCACAACAGUAUUAUCUGAAAUUUCGUUCAUCUGAUUCAAAAGCUGCUAAGCGAUUAGCAAUACAACUGUAUACAAUACACAAUACAAUUAUACAAACUUCUAGUGGUAGUAACAAUAGCAGUAAUAAUGCUGCUAUUACAACAAGACAGCAUAAUGAAGAGAAGUCAACCUCUGAAACACUGACACGAUUCAAUCGACAAUUCCGUGACACAUUUAGAUGUUUCUCAAGACCAUUUCUCAUGACGUCUAAAAAUUAUAAGUCUAAAAGAUGUUCAAAAAAAGAUUUAAAUGACAAAGGUGAUGCAGCAGUAAAACAGGAGAGAAACAUUGAAGGGAAUACAACUGUCCAAGUAGUACAGUCUUCCAUUUCCAGUCCAUCUGUUGUGACCAGUAAAAUAACACCAGCUGUCAAUGUCACUACUACUACUACCACAACUAGUAUUACAACUAACAUAACACCAGUUUCCACAGUUAUCACAGAUAAUAAAAAGAUGUGGAAGUAUCCUGAUGCUACCACUCCUAUUGCUUCUGCUGGUGCUCCUACAUCAACAGUGUCUUCUAUGUCACACACAACAUUUACAUCACAUUCAAGAAGUGUUCAACCUAAUUUAUUACAAGCUAAUUAUGAAAAUGUGUCAGCAGUUGUAGUAGAACCUGUUGAAUUGGCUGCUGCAGGUGAAGCACAAGCUGAAUUAGACGAAUGUGAUGAACAAGUAUUACAUUCACUACUGAUGAAUAAAGCUCCAACAAUUGUGUCUUCUGUACCAGUAAACAAUUUCUCAUACUCACUAUCACAUCAUACAUCAAUGACACCAGUUACAACAAUGUCGUCCAGUUCCUUUGUAAGUCAUUCGCAGACAAUCAGCAGUUCAUUUACAAAUCAAUCUACUACACCAGUCAUAUUAUCCUCAUUCAAUAAUAGUAAUUCACCGUAUACUGCUGUUAGUAAGUUAAACUCAUCACUACAUACUGAUCAGCUAGCUAGUUCUAUGCCUCCACAAUCACCAUCAACAGUAACUACCACAACUAUGAAUAAGCGGCCUGAUAUGUCGAAACAAUCUGUAGAAGAAGAAGGAGAAGAAGUGAAGUCAAAGGUUGUUUCAUCAUCUAAUGUAUUUUCUUCUACAAUUGGCAGCAACACUACAACAAGUAAUCAUUCUUCAUCAUUUUUAAAUGGGUCAUUAACACCUACUAAAAUAUCAGAACCAAGUUGUAUGCCUUCGAUUAGUCCGACUGUUCAACCGAAAUUGGAAACAACUACUGGGAUGACGAUACCCAAUGCACAGAGCAUAAAGUUAACUACUACAGAACAUAUCAGUGCGGUAACUGCAUCGACAACGUCUCCGCAACCAUUACCAACACAUUCAGUUAGUGUAGUUACAACUAACAGUGAAACCUUGACAAGUGUUAAUAAAAAUACCACACUAGAUGCCUACAAUACUGAUUCACAAUCUGUACAAAAUAUUCAACAGCGUAAAAGUCAACUGACAAGUUUAUAUGCUCCACAACCAUAUGAAGCUGUAACUGAUGCUAAUAAAACACAUUCAACUAUGUCCACCUCUGAUUCAUUCCAGUCACGUAUUAAACCACCUUCGAUUACAGUCAAAUCGUUAACAGAAUUAACUAAACAACUGAGCACACUGAAGACGACUACGACAACUUUUAAAAUUGAAGAGUCAACUAAUAAUUCAAAACAUGUAGAGAAUAAUUCAACAUCGAAUACAUCAUUUCAGGCAUCAGAAAAUAAUAAGAUAAAUAAUAUUACGAAUUCACCGAAUCCUCCUGUGUUAUGCUCGGCUUCAGUGAGUGUAAGUGGCAUUCGUCCACCCAGUGGUAUCAAACCACCUACAAAUGGUAAUGCUACUACUAAUGGACAUACAAAUUCUACUCCGAACACAUCAUUCACUUCUACAUACGACGAAUCAAUAAGUAGAGUACAACAGACACCUGAACCUUUAAAAAGAAAUGGUUCCACAUCAGAAGACAAUUUAGAGCAUCCAAUAAAUACUGGUAGUAGUAAACUGCCUAAGCCAAUUAAUAAUAUACCCUCACCGACUCCUGGAAGCUUUCAAUCGAAAAUUCGACCACCUGUAUCAGGCAAUUUGCCUACUAUGAAAUCUGGAAUACCUGCACCAUCUGUACUGCCACCGUCUAUCAGUCAAACUACCAUUGGACAAUCUCAUUUACCUAUACCAGCGAAUACGACUAACAUUCCUCUGCCUAGUGGAAUUAAACCACCGUCUCGUUCACCAAGAUCUGCUUUGGCUAAGUAA